GUCCGAUGGGGUUUCGUGAUCGCCUGAUCGGGAUAAACAUAAACUUAACCUAUAAUAUCAUCUCCUGUCACUUACUGUCACUGUCAUUCAAUAGCCUACAUUAAUUUAGUGAAGUAGGGCCUAACUCUUUAUUUUUUAUUUAGCCUAGCACGAUUAUAGCAUUUAGCAUUACAGUAGUACCAGAACCAGCCCGUCAUUAUCAAUCUCUGAAACUAGUAAAUCGACAAACCUCUGUUAGCUCUAGCACAUGAACUUAAGCGUUACUUAUAAGUUAACGGAGGAAAAUGAAAAUGUCAUAACAUAAGUAAACUUAUACAUUUGCCUAUUAAAAACAUUUAAUGUACAUUUUUAUCACAACGCUGACUAAACUUUACAGUACAAGAUGAGUUUUUUGGACAGCAUUUUUGGAAAAAAGCCCACUGUCAAAGAACAGCAGCGAGAAAAUGAUAAAGCACUUCGCAAAGCUGGGCGAGAAAUUGAAAGAGACCGAAGGGAAUUAGAAAGAGAAGAAAAGAAAUUAGAAAUGGAAAUAAAAAAACUCGCUGCACAAGGUAAUCAUGAUGGGUGUAAGUUAUUGGCCAAGCAGCUAAUACAAAUGCGAAAGCAGAAAAACCGAACAUAUGCAGCCAACAGUAAGAUACAAAGUAUAGGUGCUCAGAACAAAACUAUUGGAGCAAAUGCAAGUUUGGCUAAUGCUAUGUCAACUACAGCCAAGACGAUGAAAGAUAUGAAUACCAUCAUGAAACCAGAACAGAUAGCAGCCAAUAUGCGAGACUUUGCUCAGGCUAAUAUGAAGAUGGAAAUGACUGAUGAAAUGAUAAAUGACACACUGGAUGACAUGCUUGAUGAGUCAGGAGACGAAGAAGAAACUGACCUCAUAGUCAACCAGGUCCUGGAUGAAAUUGGAAUUGAAAUUUCUGGACAGAUGUCAAAAGCACCUUCUGCAGCAAGAGAGAAGGUUGGUGAUAAGACCAAGUCUAGGCUACCCACAGACGAGGAAAUAGAAGAACAGUUGGCCAAACUUAGAGGUUGAUCAUCUAUCUGUGCCUUACCUUUAUCGAAUACCGGUUUGAAGCCAAUUUGUGCUUUUAGAUUUGUAUUAAAAAAUAAGAUUAAAUUCAAAAUUAUUAUUUUUGUGUUAAUACAUGCCAUUUAUUAUUUAUUUAUGAAAUGUACUUAAAUGUUCUAUUGAAUAAAUAAGUUGUGUUAUU